GAGCUUGCUUUGCAUGUCUACUUCUUUGAGAAAGAUCCCAGAAGGCAUCCCUCAAGAUAUAAAAAAAAUUAGAAUAGAAAACUCUCACCUAACAGAAUUGCCUCGUGGGUCAUUCUCUAAUGUCAGUGCCUUGGAAUAUCUCUGGCUGAAUUUUAACAACAUCACAGUCAUGCAUCUAAAAAGCCUCGAAUACCUGAAGGAUUUGACUGAGCUGAGAUUGCAAGGGAACAAACUGAGUUCAGUACCAUGGACAGCAUUUCAAGACACUCCCGCUUUGGAAAUCCUGGAUCUAAAACACAACAGGCUUGACGUCCUUCCGGAACAUGCCCUGCGCUAUUUGCCAAACCUGACCUACUUAGACUUAUCUUCCAAUCAGCUUACCGUCAUCUCAAAGGAUGUUUUCUAUAACUGGCCUGUGUACCAAAAAACCCAGCAGCUGGAAAGGAAGGGGGAAGCUAUUUCCAAUGCUGUCUUGGCCUUGCAUGAUAACCCAUGGAUAUGUGACUGUCGCCUGCGAGGCUUCGUCCAGUUUAUCAAAUCAAUUGGCCCACCCAUCAUUCUAAUGAAUUCCUAUCUUACAUGUGCGAGUCCCAAAUUGAGGGCAGGGAAGUACUUCCAUGAAGUGGAGCUGAAGAGCUGUAUGAAGCCCCUGGUAUCAUCCCUGGAGCCAAAUGUGACUGUUUUGGUGGGGCUCAACACAACCUUGACCUGUUUGGUGCAAGCCAACCCUCCCCCAGUUGUCUGGUGGGCCUACAUGCUCAAACACCUGCGAGGUUUUAAUGUGUCCACCACCCAUACCAGUGAAGAUUCAAUCAAGUCAGAAUUGGUGAUACCUUCAGCCCAUCUUGUGGAUGAUGGCAAUUAUACCUGCAUAGCUGCCAACUACCUUGGCAACACAUCAGCCACAAUAGUCCUGAGAGUCCAAGCACCCCGAAUGGUGUCUUCUUCAUUCUCUUCCUCCAUCUCAGAUGAGAACGCAUACAUUGAUGUGAGGAUCGCCAAACAGACGGUUUAUGGUAUUACUCUAGAAUGGUAUAGCAUGACUGAGAAUCCUGGGGAAACAUGGUAUACUCUCCAUUUUGGAAAGUAUGAUGAUGCCAAGAAAGACAUGAUUUACAUUGGACCUGGCAUCAACAGCUACUCCGUCAACGACUUGCUCCCUGCCACAAAGUAUGAAGUCUGUGUUACUCUGAGGAACCAAACACCUCAAAAGGGGCAAUGCAUUGUGUUUGUGACAGGAAGUGAUGUCAGUGAACUGGAGCAACGGGAGAAGCUUGUCCACAUCAUUAUCAUUGUGUGCGCCAUGGUGCUGGCUGUCCCUGCUGGGAUGUAUGCCUGCACCACCGAGACCAGGUUCAAUUGUAUGGAGAAAUGCACCAACAUUUGCCGCAAGAACAGGAAAGGGCAAAAUCUGAAAGGAGCCAAUAAAGAAAGCACGUUUGACAGCUUGCCAACCGGCAGCGAGGAGGGGUUGUGUCGCCGGGACUCCAGUGAUGACAAGAGAAAGCUGAAGUCCUGUGAGGACAAGGAAAAACCCAACAAGCAGAAACCUGAGCACAGAAAUAGUGCUGAUCUCUAUUAGCCAACGUCCAAGCACAAUCCCAUGUUAGAUAAGAAAGCAGUAAAUAU